AGGCGACUUCCGUUUCCGGGUCCCGACUUCCGGGAGGAGCCCGGUCCAGAGGCGGAGCCGCCGUCCGCCGCGACUUUCGGACUUGCAGCAUGGCUGCGCGCUGGUGGCGGUGGCGGCGCGGCUGCUCCUGGAGGCCGGCGGCGCGGAGCCCGGGACCCGGUUCCCCAGGCUGUGCGGGGCCGCCCGGGCCGCGCGCCGCUGCGGACGCUCGCGCUCAGAUGUCCUAUUUUAAUCUUGUGAAGAGCAUAACAUUUGCCUUUCGAAAUAUAUAUGGUCUAUCACGAUUUCAUCACACAACCCCAGGAGUGUGCUGUUGUAGUAAAAUACAAAGUGGUGAGAAAUAUACUGAUCCUUUUAAACUUGGUUGGAGAGACUUGAAAGGUCUAUAUGAAGACAUUAAAAAGGAAUUGUUCAUAUCUACAACAGAACUGAAGGAAAUGUCUGAGUACUACUUUGAUGGAAAAGGCAAAGCCUUACGACCAGUUAUUGUGGUGCUAAUGGCCCGAGCCUGUAACGUUCAUCACAGUAACUCCCGAGAUGUGAAAGCCAGCCAGCGCUCCAUAGCCUUAAUUGCAGAAAUGAUCCACACUGCUACGCUGGUUCAUGAUGAUGUCAUUGAUGAUGCACGUUCUCGAAGAGGAAAACACACAGUUAAUAAGAUCUGGGGUGAAAAGAAGGCUGUUCUCGCUGGAGAUUUAAUUCUUUCUGCAGCAUCUAUAGCUCUGGCACGAAUUGGAAACACUACUAUUAUAUCUAUUUUAACCCAAGUUAUUGAAGAUUUGGUGCGUGGCGAGUUUCUUCAGCUAGGAUCCAAAGAAGAUGAGAAUGAACGCUUCGCCCACUAUCUUGAAAAGACCUUCAAGAAGACUGCAAGUCUGAUCGCCAACAGUUGUAAAGCAGUCUCUGUCUUAGGAUGCCCAGACCCAGUGGUGCAUGAGAUUGCUUAUCAAUAUGGAAGAAAUGUGGGAAUGGCUUUUCAGCUCAUAGAUGAUGUGCUGGACUUCACCGCAUCUUCCAAACAGAUGGGCAAACCAACAUCCACCGACCUGAAGCUUGGCCUAGCCACUGGCCCUGUUUUGUUUGCUUGCCGGCAGUUCCCAGAAAUGAAUGCUAUGAUAAUGAGACGGUUCAGCUUGCCAGGAGACGUGGACAGAGCUCGACAAUGCGUACUACAGAGUGAUGGUGUGCAGCAAACAACCUACCUCGCCCAGCAGUACUGUCACGAAGCAAUACGGGAAAUCAGUAAGCUCCGGCCGUCCCCAGAGAGAGACGCCCUCAUUCAGCUUUCAGAAAUUGUACUCACAAGAGAAAAAUGAUGACUGUUUCUGUUCUUUCUGGCAGCUAUUUUACCAGACUGUGCCUAAAAAAAAAAAAAUCUAUGGAAUACAUUUUGUUUGCUUCAUGUGCAGAUAACCAAAAAUCAUUUCAACCUCACUGUUGGGCAGUUUUUUCUUAUUGGCAGUUUUUCAGAAAACUUUUUAAAUGUAAUUAAACCACCUGAAUCUGUCACUGUAGUCCUAUAAAGUCUAAUCGAGGUAUCUUGAUGAUUAUAUGUGGUAUUGUUUACAGGGUUAAUAGCCACAUGUAAAGCCAUUGCACCAAUAAAUAAUCAAUGUUCAGAUUCAUUUGGCUUGUUUUCUCUUGUUUCAACAUGAGAGUCAGGUCAGAAAAAUUGUGAAGUCUACACCAGAAAUUGACAUUACUUAUACUUUAACAAUAUGCAACAUUUAACAUAAGAGAAUGGUUUAUUAUAAAAAGAUUAUACAUAAAAUUUGGACAACAUAUUAUAUACAAAUUAAGAAAACAUUCAACUUGAAAAAGGGAAGUAGAAGGUAGCUAGCUGAUCACUAAUGAUACUUUAAAAUUAAAGGUAAAAUGCGUAUGAAACAGUCACAUUGAUUUGAUAGCAAUAAUGGUCUUUAAUUUUCAGAAAUGUUUUGCACUAGUCUCACCAUUCACAAUGCUGUUAAAUUUGUAACACCCACUACAUAACUGAAAUUUGAAAUCCAAAUAAAUUCUCAAUACACAGAACCCCACACUGGAGUGCUCUACUUUAGUAUCCUAAGCAAUAAAGAAUUACACAUAAGAUAAAAAGAGAAAAAAAUCCGGCUAAUCCUCCCUUAAAAGGAGACACACAAAGUGCAUGUGUUGCGUUUCAAUGAUGUCAAAAGACAGAUCUGUUGGUUAAGCAUAUUGAUGUUCACUGACCUUUCCCAAUUAUCUUAAAAUCUUACAUUGCUAGUGCCAGGCAAUAGAUUAAAUAAUGCCUAUUCACAAAUUAAUUGCAUCCACUUUUACGAUAUGUAAAAAAAUGCUUAUGAGUUUUUAUUGAGCCAGUGUACAACAGUCUACUGUAAAACUGAAGGACUACCAUAGCAUUCCUUAAUAAUUUUACCUAGAGAAUGAUGUGCAUACUUUGAAACAUUUACUUAGCUUCAAAAGUUACUUUAAAAAAGGAAUUCAGUAGAUUGACUUGUAAAUAAUCUCAGAUUUCAAAUC